AUGGCUUCAAAGCAUCGCUCGCUUCAGCCAACUGGAACGGCAGCUCCACCUCCUGGUGGGCCGCCAGCGCCGAACCUUGCGGUGCCCCCAGCGUCGGCGAGGUUCGACGAACUGCUUGACACGUUGAAGCAUGCAUACGACGAUGCACAACGGGAGACUAUUGCUCUCAAAAUGCAGCGGGAUGAAUACGAGGCGAAGAUCAACGCACAGGUCAACGAACUGAACCACAUUCGCCAGUCGCUCUAUGAACUCGAGGCAACGCACAAGGCUGUGCGGCUGCGGUAUGAAGACGAGUUUCAGCGACUGACCCAAGAGCUUGCGAACCGACCCGUUGCCCCCCCUACGACUGUACCUCCACAGGCAGCCCCUUAUCCGACCGAGUACGAACGGGAACGGGAAGACCGGGAGCGGGAGCGAGAACACAAUCGGGAGCGCGAUCGUAUUGCCCGAGAGCGUGAGCGUGAACUGCGGGACCGAGAGCGCGAGAGUCAGCGUGACCGAGAUCGCGCUGACCGUGACCGCGAGAUGCGUCCUGCUGAAAGCCGAGUACCUGAAUUCCAUUCGUCCAAGCGACCAGCACCGAGUACCUCCACUCCUAGAGAGACAAAGCCCUCGGCCCCUCCUGCAGCCGUCCCACUUACCAAGUCCGAACGCGAGCGCCCAGCUGACCCAGCAAACAAGUCCUACGGAUGGGAGGGAAACUCUCCCACCUCCCCUCCUCGUGCUGCCGCAUCCACAUCGGCUGCCCCUCCCGCCAGCUCCGGCCCCGUUUCUCACCCGGAGCCUAUGGACCUUGAAGAAAUCGUCAAUCCCGACCACAAAAAGGAAGGCGGUGACUGGUUUGCCGUUUUCAACCCCAAGGCCAAACGUGCUGUCGACGUCAGCUUAACACUUACCUUGGCCCAUGAGAGCGUCGUCUGCUGCGUUCGAUUCUCACAAGACGGAAAAUACCUUGCCACUGGGUGCAACCGCAGCGCCCAGAUAUAUGAUACCAAAACUGGUGCCAAGACUUGUGUUCUUAUUGACGAGGCUGCCACUAAAACCGGCGAUUUGUACAUCCGUAGCGUAUGCUUCAGCCCAGAUGGCAAGUAUCUCGCGACCGGUGCAGAGGAUAAGCAAAUUCGGAUCUGGGAUAUUGCUAAAAAGCGUAUCCAAAAAUACUUUGAGGGACAUACACAGGAGAUCUAUUCUCUCGACUUUUCUCGAGAUGGUCGCCUCAUCGUUUCGGGUUCGGGGGACAAAACCGCGCGUAUUUGGGAUAUGGAAACCGGCUCCUGCAAGGUGCUUCAGAUCAUCGAGCCAGAUGUGGUUGAUGCUGGUGUGACGAGCGUUGCAAUUUCUCCCGAUGGCCGACUCGUCGCUGCGGGUUCUUUGGACACCAUUGUCCGUAUCUGGGAGACCCACACCGGCAAUCUCGUUGAGCGUCUGCGUGGUCACCAAGAUAGUGUCUACAGUGUCGCAUUCACUCCCGAUGGCCGUGGGCUCGUGAGCGGUAGCUUGGACAAGAGUCUCAAGUACUGGGACCUCCGAGGCCUUCUCCAGAACUCGCGCAUGGCGACCCCGCUCCCGCAAGGUGGCAACAUUCCUUCAAACAGCACCAAUUUCCCUGGCGGAUUGGGACGCAAGGAGGGCGGCGAAAAGGGAAGCGUAUGCACGACUAGCUUCUUGGGGCACAAGGAUUAUGUGCUCAGCGUCGCGGUUUCACCCGACAACCAAUGGAUUGUGAGCGGCUCCAAGGACCGCGGGGUGCAAUUCUGGGAUCCUAGGAGCGCGACGCAGCAAUUGAUGUUGCAGGGACAUAAGAACUCGGUUAUUUCGAUUGAUUUGAGCCCUGCUGGUGGGCUAUUGGCUACUGGAAGUGGUGAUUGGCAGGCCCGUGUUUGGAGCUACGCCCCACUCCAGUAG